UGGUAAACGCAGCAACGGCCAUUCAAUCCUUCAAAGCCGCCAUUAAAUAUCUUCACCACCUUCAACUCUCCAGUGCUUCACAUUUCACAUCCAAAACACAAACCUAAGCCUAUCACAUGUCUCUCUUCUUCUUCUUCUUCUUCCUCAUCUCAACACUCCCUUCCCCUUCAUUCUCCCAAAACCUCUCUUCCUUCUCCUACUUAGACUCACCAUGGCGUCCCACCGACAACAAACUCCUCCUCUCUCCCAACUCCCGCUUCGCCGCCGGCUUCCAACGUCUCCCCUUUUCCCCUGACCGCUUCACCUUCUCCGUUUGGUACCUCAACAUAUCCCAAACCACCGUCGUCUGGUCCGCCAACGAUCCCAACUCCCCUCUCAACUCCAACGCCUCUCUUCUAAUCUCCAACACCAGUCAGCUCCGCCUGGUCAACGCCUCCGGCUCCAACUUGUGGCCCGGAACAACAUCAGGUAACCAAAACUCUUCUAAACUCGUGUUACAAGAUAACGGCAAUCUUGUAUACGAUAAAUGGCAGAGUUUUGAUCUUCCUACCGACACAAUCUUGCCGAAUCAAACCAUUACUCCCAGCACGAAACUAGUCUCCAAUAAUAGUCAAUUCAACUUCUUGAAUGGGUCGGUGUUGGUCUUUCUUUCUUCCAAUGACAGUUACUGGAGCUCGGAUAAUAGGUUUCAAGUUCUUGACGAAGAUGGCCAGAUGACACAAGCGAAUUCAGCUUCAUUCAUUUCAGCGGAUUUUGGCGCUGCCCGGUUGCGAAGAUUGAAACUUGACGACGAUGGUAAUCUGAGAAUUUACAGUUUUGAUCAGAGUCUAAAUAAAUGGACACCAGUGUGGCAAGCCGUUCAAGAACUGUGUACAGUUCAUGGCGUCUGCGGAGAAAACGCUAUAUGCGUAAACGACGCCUCAGGCUCGGAUUCAACCUCCUGUGUUUGCCCACCGGGGUUCAAGAACAGCUCCGGUCAAGCUAACAGUUCCUGUGAAAGGAAAAUUCAGCUAAAAAAUCUGGGAAACACCAUGUUUUUACCUCUUGAUUAUGUUAACUUUUCCGGUGGCUCCAACCAAACGAGUCUCAAUGUUGCCAAUUUUUCUCUCUGUGAAUCAAGUUGCUUGAAGAACCCGAAAUGUCUCGGAUUCGGAUUCAAGUACGACGGACAAGGCUAUUGUGUUAUUCAGGACAAAUUACUAUACGGGUAUUGGUCUCCGGGCACUGAAAUGACAUUCUUUUUGCGGGUGGACAAGUCGGAAAAAGAUGUCUCAAACUUCACUGGCAUGACCAGCUUGUUGGAAACGACAUGUCCUGUGAAAAUUAGCCUCCCGCAACCGCCGAAAGAUUCCAACUCCACGACGAGGAAUAUCAUAAUUGUGUGUACGCUUUUUGCAGCUGAGCUGAUUUCUGGGGCGUUGUUCUUCUGGGCGUUUUUGAAGAAGUAUAUCAAAUAUAGAGACAUGGCUCGCACUCUUGGGCUUGAAUUGUUGCCCGCCGGUGGGCCGAAGAGGUUCACUUUUUCAGAGCUGAACGCGGCCACUAAUGGAUUCUCGAAUCUUAUCGGAAAAGGUGGGUUUGGUGAUGUUUAUAAAGGGGAAUUGCCUGAUCAUCGAGUUGUUGCCGUGAAGCGUUUGAGUCAUGUCACUGGCGGCGAUGCCGAGUUUUGGGCUGAGGUCACAAUUAUUGCCCGUAUGCACCACCUGAAUUUGGUUAGAUUAUGGGGCUUCUGUGCCGAGAAAGGUCAAAGGAUACUCGUCUACGAGUAUGUUCCAAAUGGAUCUCUUGAUAAGUAUCUCUUUCGGGUGGGUCAAAUUGGGUCUUCCAUACCCGGAAUGAAGUUGGAUCCGGUCGUGAACGAUCAAGAAAAGCCCGUUCUUGAUUGGAAUAUCCGGUAUCGGAUUGCACUUGGGGUGGCAAGAGCAAUUGCAUAUUUACAUGAAGAGUGUUUGGAGUGGGUUUUACAUUGCGAUAUCAAACCCGAAAACAUACUUCUCGGGGAUGAUUUUUGCCCGAAAAUUUCUGAUUUCGGGCUAGCCAAAUUGAGGAAAAAAGAGCAUAUGGUGAGUAUGUCUAGAAUCCGAGGGACUCGCGGAUACAUGGCACCCGAAUGGGUAAAAUCGGAUCCAAUUACCCCGAAAGCAGAUGUUUACAGUUUCGGAAUGGUGUUGUUAGAAAUUGUAAGUGGGUCGAGAAAUUUUGAGAUGCGAGGGUCCUUGAUACAUAGUGAAGAGUGGUAUUUUCCUAUGUGGGCUUUUGAUAAGGUUUUUAAAGAGAUGAAAGUGGAGGACAUUUUGGACCGUCACAUUAAGAAUUCUUAUGAUAGUCGGUUGCAUUUUGAUAUGGUGGAUCGCAUGGUGAAGACGGCAAUGUGGUGCCUUCAAGAUCGGCCGGAGAUGAGACCAUCAAUGGGAAAAGUUGCUAAGAUGUUGGAAGGAACGGUGGAGAUCAUGGAACCAAAGAAGCCCACCAUCUUUUUCUUAGGAGAAGAGUAGAUAAUUUUAGUAUAUAUUUUUAAUCUAAUGUUUAUGUCUUUAUAAUAAAAUACCUAUCACGGGCUGAUAAGUGAUAACGUUUUGGAUC